GGAGGUUCGAGACGCCAAUGGGAAUGAGACGAGGGGGGCGUGGUUCAGCGAGGUCUGCAGCAGGAGACAGAGGCACCCAAGAAGGCCAAGAGAAGGCAGCAGGCAGAAGGAGGCAGCUCUAACGUCUUCUCUAUGUUUGAACAGAGCCAGAUCCAGGAAUACAAGGAGGCCUUCACAAUCAUUGACCAGAAUAGGGACGGUAUCAUCAGCAAGGAUGAUUUGAGAGAUGUGCUGGCCUCUAUGGGACAGCUGAACGUGAAGAACGAAGAGUUGGACGCCAUGAUCAAGGAGGCCAGUGGCCCAAUCAACUUCACUGUUUUCCUUACCAUGUUUGGUGAGAAGCUAAAGGGUGCUGACCCUGAGGAUGUUAUCGUGAGCGCUUUUAAAGUUCUGGACCCUGAGGCUACUGGCAUCAUCAAGACAGAAUUCCUUCAGGAACUCCUAACCACACAGUGUGACCGGUUCACUGCAGAAGAGAUCAAGAACCUCUGGGCAGCUUUCCCUCCAGAUGUAGCUGGCAAUGUAGACUACAAGAACAUCUGUUACGUCAUUACUCAUGGAGAGGAUAAAGAGGAAGAAUAAAGAAUAACUGUCUCAUUGCUGCAUCCACU